AUGGAAACAAAACGAGCUUUAUCCAUUCAGAGGCCAGGUGGAAGACAGCGUGAUAAUUGUGGGGCCUCUGGAGCUCAACGUCCUUCAUUGCCUGUUUUCGCGACUCCUCUAGAGAGAAAUUUUCCAAAUUACUCCGAGUCCCAGCAUGUUCUCCUAGAGAAGAGGCUCGACUCAUCUUUGCCUUCCAAUAACGGGGUUGCUGGCCAUAUAUUUUCGUCAUCCUCCCGAUUUUCCAAUGAUUUUCUUUUUUCCUCCGACCAACAGCAAGAAAGUCAAUCCCCGUUUGUUACUCAGUCAACAGAUACAGCCUCUUCAUUUCUAGCACCACAGUCCGUUGACGCUGGAGUCCAUGAGUCAACUGCAUUGUGCCAGUAUAAUAGAGACAACAUAAAUGGCUCCUGGAGUACUGAUACACUCUCUGAGUUUUUGGAGUUUCCAUUAACUAAUACGGUUCCAAGUAGUCAACUUGCUGAGGAUCUCGAAAAAACAAAUGACUGGCAGGAUUGGGCCGAUCAACUUAUAGGUGAUAAUGAUGCUUUGACUUCUGAUUGGAGUCAGAUUCUUGCUGAUGCAAAUGCUGCUGAUCCACAGGUAUUGUGUCAAACGUCCAAACAGUCAACUAGUUGUGUAUCGAUGAAACCCCAUAUGCCACCAGCUGCAGCUCAAGGGACAUGCAAUGCUGCUGUUCAGUCCUCACCUAGUAGUUGUUCUGCUGGAAAGCAGCGCAUGCGUUGGACCCCCGAGCUUCACGAGUCUUUUGUGGAGGCUGUCAACAAACUUGGUGGAAGUGAAAGUAGGUUUCGUUUUUGCUUAAAAUUACAAGCCUUGAAAAAUCACACCAAUCACUUUGAUUUUAUUGCAGGAGCUACUCCUAAGGGUGUCCUGAAGUUAAUGAAACACGAAGGCUUGACAAUCUAUCAUGUUAAGAGCCAUCUACAGAAAUACCGCACAGCUAGAUACAAACCUGACUCUACAGAAGAAUCUUUGGAAAGAAAAUCGACCUCUAUUGAAGAACUUCCAUCUCUGGACUUGAAAACGGGUAUUGAGAUCACUGAAGCUCUGCGGUUGCAGAUGGAAGUCCAAAAAAGGCUUCACGAACAACUUGAGAUCCAAAGAAAUUUGCAGCUUCGAAUAGAAGAACAAGGGCGAUACCUUCAAAUGAUGUUCGAGAAGCAACAAAAGUCGGGCAUAGAGAUAGAGGGGCUCAAAGAGGCCAAUGAAAAGGAGUCGACAAAUGAAGUAGUUGAAAAUGCUAUUAGAGAAGCUGAGGCUCCAACAUCCAAGCGUGCUAAAACUCACGAGUAG